AUGUGGAGGUGCACAGUUAAAAAUAGAGUGAUUUAUAUGCAGGGGGACAAAGUCUGGGUGUACCCUCCGGAGAAGAAAGAGAAAGGAUAUCCUAAGUUGCUCCAAGAAGAGUUUCCUGGAAUUCCAUCCCCAGUGGAUGCAGCUGUGGAAUGUCACCGUGGGGAAUGCCAAGAGGAGGGUGUCCUCUUCUUCCAAGGUAACCACACAUGGUUCUGGGACUUGACUACGGGAGCCACAAAGGAGCGUUCCUGGCCGGCUGUUGGGAACUGCUCCUCUGCCCUGCGAUGGCUCAGCCGCUACUACUGCUUCCGGGGUAACCAAUUCCUGCGCUUCAACCCCGUCACGGGAGAGGUGCUUCCAAAGUACCCUCUGGAUGUUCGAGACUACUUCAUACCCUGCCCUGGCAGAGGCCAUGGACACAGGAAUGGGACAGGCCAUGGGAAUGGUACCCACCCUGGCCAUAGGGAUGUGCGCUGUGGCCCAGAUCUAGUCUUAUCUGCACUGCUGACUGACAACCAUGGUGCCACGUAUGCCUUUAGUGAGUACCACUACUGGCGUCUGGACACCAGCCGUGAUGGGUGGCACAGCUGGCCCAUUGCCCAUCAGUGGCCCCAGGGUCCUUCAACAGUGGAUGCUGCCUUUUCCUGGGAUGAUAAACUUUACCUGAUUCAGGGCACUCAGAUAUAUAUCUUCUUGACUAAAGGAGGCUAUACUCUAGUAGAUGGUUAUCCAAAGAGGCUGGAGAAGGAAUUUGGGAGCCCUCAUGGGAUCAACCUUGAGGCUGUAGAUGCAGCCUUUACUUGUCCUGGGUCUUCUCGGCUCCACAUUAUGGCAGGACGGAAGCUGUGGUGGCUGGACCUGAAGUUAGGAGCCCAAGCCACAUGGACGGAGCUUCCUUGGCCCCAUGAGAAGGUUGAUGGGGCCCUGUGUAUGGAAAAGUCCCUUGGCCCCAACUCAUGUUCUGCCAACGGCCCUGGCUUGUACCUCAUCCAUGGCCCCAAUUUGUACUGCUACAGUGAUGUGGAGAAACUGAACACAGCCAAGACCCUACCCCAGCCCCUGAGAGUGGACAGCCUCCUGGGCUGCAGUCAUUGA